GGGCGGGGGGCGUCGCUGUUUUUGAGUUUGCGCGGAGGGCGUGAGGCACAGUGGUGUUCCGGGCAGGAGUUUAAGAUUUUGAUUCGUUUGCCUUUACAUUUUUCUGUUGGUUUAGAGCUGGUUUAGGUGGCCUCAAAGAAAGGAUACGGAUUACGGUUCCAAAAGCGCUGGCCUGAGGGGAGACGGGCCUCGGGCCCCGGGAAUUCACAGUCUGAAGCAGGGGAUGCUUUAUCCCGAAGGCGCCUUCUCCGAGUCAUAGCCAGGUCACCGUUCCCGGGGUGAGAAGCAGGGGUCCUUAUUCAGAGAGCCGCUUCUGAAGCAGAAGAUGACUCAAGACCAGCAUUUGCUUGCUGUGCAGGAAGCCCUGAAGAAGUGCUUUCCCGUGGUGGAGGAACAGCAGGGCCUGUGGCAGAGCACUCUGCAGGACUGCCAGCCCCUCCUGUCCUCCCUCAGCAACCUGGCAGAGCAGCUGCAGGCCGCAGGGAACCUGCGAUUUGAGGAUGUGCCUGCACUUCGGGACUUCCCAGACUUACAGGAGCGGCUGAGACGCAAGCAACUGGAGGCUGGUGACACGGUUCUGGACAAGCUGGAGGAGAAGCUAGAUACCCUUCUCAGUGUGCGUGACACGGUCAGCAGCCAUGUGGAGCGCGUGUUUCAGACCUAUGAGCAGCAUGCAGGCGCUGUUGGCAUCGAUGCUGUCCUUCGGCCCUCAGUUGUGAGUCCCUCCGUGGCAGAUAUGUUGGAAUGGUUGCAAGAUAUCGAGAGACACUACCGAGGUUCGUACCUGAAGAGAAAGCACCUCCUCUCUUCCGUCCAGUGGGGAGACUUGGCAGGCAUUCAAGCAUUACCCACAGCCUGGAACCGAAUUUCAGAGGAUGAGCAAGACCUUGUGCAGGAUAUCCUAUUGAGUGUAUCUUUCUUCCUGGAGCAGUAAGGAAGCCGUGUGUUUAUCUGGAGACCGAGGGCCACUGUUGAAGAC